CAGCCCUUCAGCUGCCACGGUGAGGACUCGGCACUCGGGCAAGGAAGAGGAUCCCGCAGGCUCGGAGCGUUAGCUACCGGCUCGGCGCCAUGGCGUCCCAGGGUCGUCGGCGGAGGCCCCUGCGGAGGCCGGAGACGGUGGUGCCUGGGGAGGCGACCGAGACGGAUUCCGAGCCCUCUGUGUCCUCGUCGGAGGAAGAGGAGCUGUACCUGGGUCCCUCGGGCCCGACGCGCGGCCGCCCCACGGGGCUGAGGGUGGCUGGGGAGGCCGCAGAGACCGACUCGGACCCGGAGCCGGAGCCAACGGCCGCGCCGAGGGACCUGCCUCCGCUCGUGGUGCAGCGGGAAUUGGCGGAGGAGACCUGGGGCGCGGAAGAGGCCCCGGCGCCCGCCCCUGCGCGCUCGCUCCUGCAGCUUCGGCUGGCGGAGAGCCAGGCGCGGCUGGACCACGACGUGGCGGCCGCGGUGAGCGGUGUUUACCGCCGUGCGGGCCGCGACGUGGCCGCCCUGGCUGGUAGGCUGGCGGCAGCCCAGGCGGCGGGGCUGGCGGCGGCCCACAGCGUGCGCCUGGCGCGCGGGGACCUUUGUGCUUUGGCUGAGCGUCUGGACAUCGUGGCUGGCUGCCGCUUGCUGCCGGACAUCCGCGGCGUGCCGGGGACCGAGCCUGAGCAAGACCCGGGGCCGCGGGCCUAGCCAUGAUUCUACUUCCCUACCCGACUGCAAUUUGGGGUUAGGCCUUGCUGCCUCUGGGACCUGACUCUGUCUCCUGUGUCUCUUAUGACCCCCCGCCCCCCGCUCCCAUCUUAGUGCCACCCAUGGGGGCUAAUCCGGUCCCCUUGGAUAAUGCUUUAUGUUGGAUAUAGUUCAACCCCUACUGUGGAGACCAGGGCCCCACUACCCUUAGAUCUGGUUCCUCCACCUAUCCUGACCCUGCCGCCUGGUUCUGAGCCUUACCCUGGGGCUUGGCUCCAGCCUUUGAUAAAUAGUUGCUCCUUAAUCUGUUUCCACCCUGGGGGC